CGCUCGGACCGAGCCGUGACCUGCUGCUCCGGCUAAGCUAAAGGCUUCGUACCAACAGAUGUUCCGCAUCAGAGACGGCGAAUAACGGCUUUCCGUGAAAUGUGCCGCGUCCACCGGUACCGGCUCGGUCUGAAGAGAAGCUCAACACCGCGGCAGCAGCGGCUCCAGUGAGCGGCGGUCACUCUUUAGCGGCGCAUGUUUGUGUUUUAAGUUCAGCGCAGCUAGCUGGCUAGCUAAGCAGCAGCGCACCAAAAGUGAAACCAGAACAGGAGCUGCAUGACCGACAGCCUGAGGAGUUGGACUUCUGUAGAACUGAAACAAGCAGCAGCUUGACCCUCUCCAUCAUGAACUCCUGAAAUCUUCAGGCGUCAGCGACUCGUCAGGUCGCUCGCGGUUGUUUGGAACCGGAGGCCACCGUUCAGCCCACGACCUGCCUGACCUCCCGAGCAGAGGGAGCGAGCAGAUGGGGAACAGUUGCUGUCACGCUGAAAGUCCCUGUGGCAGUGCCGAGGAAAGAAGUGUUCUGCUGAAAGAUGACUCGAAGGGCACCGCGUGCACAGGAGAACCAGUAGUGGUCGGCACCUGCGGUCCUGAAGGGGACGAUGACACAAAGAAAACUCCCGAUGAGGACGUUGCGCAACUGAAGCAGAGUCCUGAGAAUGGAGAAACGGAGCUGAACAACACUCAGGAAAAUGGACCCUUGCCGAAGGAAAGCAUCCAAACAGCGACGCCUUCUCCCCGCAAAGUGUCUGAACUCAAGGAAAACGGCACCAGAGCACAAGACAAAGAGAUGAAGGAAACUCCUGCUGACAGCGAACCAGCUGAACUUCUGCAAUGCACUUUAAACUCCCCGCAGAAAGACCUCGCUGCAGCGGGUAGGGAGUUUCGUGUAGCAUCAAAUGCAAAAGCAGAAGAAAAAAAUCCAGCCUCAGUGCAUCAGGACAAAAUCCCCGAUGGUGUCUCGCAAAUAGCAGAGGCGGUCUGCACUGAAAACACUGAGACGAACACAACAACAGAGCACAUUACAGCGAGCCCAGCUCAUCAUGGUGAAGAAGAAGAAGAAGAAGAAGAAGGAGCACGCGCCAGAGUUGUUGUUGACGACACUGUAGCCAAGCCUUCAGAGGAGUUGGCUGAAAGCAAUGAAAGUGUGCCAAAGCCUCAGCUGGCCGCAGCAGCAGGUCAGGAGCCGUCCGUCUCUGUGGUCAGUCUGACCAACACAGAGUCUCUGAGCUGCGCCGCGACGGAGGCCUCAGACAAUAGCAGCUCUCUGGUGUGCGGGGAGGCCACGAGCGAGGACAUAAACAUCCCUGAUUUGUCUUCUUCUGGACCGGAGCCGGCAGGACUCGACCACAGUGGAGAGGAACGAGACUCUGCCAGCUCAGACAAAGAGCCAGAGACCACAGCUCCAGCAGACGCCUGCGAGAGCUCCAAGUCUGAUCAGGAUGCAAAGCCAGAUCCUGAGUGUACAACUACGAGCUCAAAGGAGGUCACUUCCUCAGAGAAAAUCAAACAGGAUGUUGGGGAGGAAAUAAUGCUGAAAGUGCAGGGCGGAGAUGUUCCCAAAGUGAAGGAGGAUGAUGGGAUAAAGGAGGAGGAAGAGGAGGAGAAGGCGGCGGCGGAGGAGAGCAAUCCGACCGAGGCCGAGACUCAGCCUGGAAAAGAUGCUGAGAUUCAGGAGGUGACUGAGAAAGAAGAGCAGCUGACUGGAAGAGAAUCCACACAUGUAAAGGCUGAUGCUGUACCUGCCACGACGGAGGAGGAGGAGGAGGAGGAGGACGGCCUGGGGAACAGUGAAGAAGACCUGUACCGAGGAGUCGAGGAGCUGUCUGCGUCACAGAGUAAUAAAGAAACGAAACUUUUAAAGGUGGAGGACAGAUGCAGUUUGGCCGCGGCGGUGGAUAUUCUAUCGUACAGCGAGAGAGAGUGGAAAGGAAACACUGCCAAAAGUGCUCUCAUUAAAAAGGGUUACAAAGAGAUGUCCCAGAAGUUCAGCAGCGUGAGGAGAGUGAGGGGCGACAACUACUGUGCCCUCAGAGCCACGUUGUUCCAGGUGUUGUCCCACAGCACGGAGCUGCCCGCCUGGCUGCAGGACGAGGACGUCACUCAGCUGCCGGAGCGACUGGAGGCCCAGGACGGUCUGAUAAGUCAGUGGACGUUUCCUGGAGAGUGCCUGCAGGGAGACGGGACAGCAGCCACCCAGCAGCUUACAGGCUACAUGGAGCUUCUCCGAAAUAAGUGGCAGGCAGCGGUGGACUGCGCCUCGGCUGCAGAGCGGCAGCAGCUCUGCGAGCGAGUGUUUCAGGGCGGAGAAGAGGAGCUCGGGCUGCUGGAGGCGCUCAAGCUGCUGAUGCUGGGCCGAGCGGCGGAGUUGCACGGCUGCAUGCAGGCCGGCGGAGACGUCCCGCUCUUCUGCUGGCUGCUGUUCGCUCGGGACUCGUCCGACUGUCCGCGCUCCUUCCUCUCCAACCACCUGAGCCACGUGGGCCUCAGCGCCGGCCUGGAGCAGGUGGAGAUGUUCCUGCUGGGCUACGCCUUGCAGUGCACCAUUCAAGUUUACAGACUGUACAAGGCGGACACAGAGGAGUUUGUCACCUACUACCCAGACGACCAUAAGGACGACUGGCCGUCCGUGUGCCUCGUCACAGAGGAUGAUCGCCACUACAACGUGCCGGUUGUAGAAGCUGCAGAACUACACAAGGAGCUCACCUCCAGCUGAUUGCAGCUGCAGAGAAGCCUCCUGCCAUACAAACACCCCUCAGGUCGAUCAAGAUGAAAAGAUUUACGCCAAUUAGAGGAAUAGUUUUGGGAAAUAUGCUUGUUUUUGCAGAAGUUAGUGUCUUUACACUUACAAUUCAGUUCCAGUUUACAGCCGGUCAGCGUGGCUUAGCUCAGAGACUGGAGGUUAAGGGGAUUUUUGGUAGAAAAAUCCAAGCUACAGCACCUCAUCAGCUCACUCAUUAACACGUUAGAGCUUGUUGUUUUUACUGCAAACAGAAAUUGCAAUGUAAAAUGACACAUUGUGGUUUCUUGUAAUUCUGGGCAGGGCGUAGUCUGGGAUCGGGCAAAAGCAGAUGCAGACAGAGAUAUUUCUAACUGCUACUAGGCUCACUCAUGUUUAAUUUCAAUAUAGCCGCUUGUCCAUGAACAUGGACUUUAGUCAGCAAGUAAACAUGCUCUGUCAUUACAAACACUACUUUGUUUUGUUGUAGAUGUGUUUGGAAUCAUCAGUAUCAUUUUAUGUUGAUUUAAAAUCAAUCACAGGCGUUUUACAAACAUUAAAAGAGACUCUUGUGUUGCAGAAACUAGUUGAGGAAGAUAGACUUGUAAUGAAAGUAGAAGAGCCAGUCCUGGUGGAGAAACACAUGCUGGUCAUGACGACAGCACGGCCAGAUUGUACAGAUUUUUGUUUGUCAGGACCGUCAGAUGGAAAAGUGUUUGUUGUUUGAAGGUUGAGGCAGUGAUUCUAAUACAGCGCACAGUUGUCAGAUUCCUUUAGCACUUCCUCACAGUUCACUCGCUGUCUAUGCGCUGAAAAUAAAUUGUAGUAAACAAAGUGGCUCGGAGCAAAACACACAACAGCGCUCCUGCUUUACCUGUUUGUGUUUUUGCAUGUGACAGAGAGAAAAGGGCUUAGUGGGGGGAGAGGGAGGGUCAAUCUGGCACAUGCUUCUAAGUUCAAAAGCAGAGUCACUUGUUUUUACAUCAACCUCCUGCAGUUCCUCAUGUGGCCACUUGGGGCUGAAUCCAAAACUGAGUCCAUCUUAAAGUGGCCAGCAGAAAUAAACAUGUUUACAGCCUGAUACAGAAACGGCUUUGGUCUCUGUAGCUAAUUUUUCCAUUUGUGACAACUGCAAGGGAGGUGAAUAUUUAAACAACGCACUAGUUUAAAUUGUAUUGAGGCUAUAAGGUGUGGCGCUGUCACAGGAUAGUAUUUGCCCCUUCAGCUCCACUCAUGCUCCACUUUUUUGGCUCUUUUUUGGAUUAGCUGGUUAAGCCAGUGUUAUAUUUUAUGUUUACAUAAUUUCAUGUCUCCCCAAGUAGGCGAGAGUCUGCGCUACAAGGGAACCAGUACCUGUGGAAUUCAUAGAUAUGAUCUGUUGUGCAUGUGUGGAACAGACUCCUCCCAGCAGGCUUCAGCAAACUGGACAAGUAGUAGAGUAUAGUGGAGGCUUUUGGUGGACUCAGGUGUAGCCAAGAUGGAAACGGCCAAAGCCACAAUAUGGAGCUGCACGUGUCAUCAUGGAGGGUUUGUCCAUCUUUAAAUACAGUCGAUGCAACUGUAUUUAAAAGACUUUGCACAACCAGAAACAUCGGUACCUGCACAGUAGGGAGCAAAGUUUAUCUUCUUUAAUGAAUCACACAAACCACAUACAACAAGUGAGCUUCAGAGGUGCUGCUAGGUGGAGUUUGUUAGCAGAGCCAUGCUAGCAGUUUCCCCCCGUUUCCAUUCUUUAUGCUAAGCUAAGCUAACAGCCUCCUGACUGCAGCUUCAGACGUCUAACUCUUAAGCAAAUAAGCACACGUCCCAAAAUGUCGACCUAUUCCUUUAGAAAAAAUAUGCUGAUUUGAGACCCUGUACAAGACGUGGCUCACACGUUCUUGUACACACUGUACUGUAUAGAGUUUUCUAUGUGGGUAUGUGUACAUAUCUGAUAUUCUGGGAUCAUCUCAGUUAGAUCCAUAUUAGCUUGCAGGGUGUCGUUUUGAUUUUCGGAUGGGGGAAAAAAAAAAAAAGCCCAAGUUUUCUUUUAGAUUUCUCUGUAAAAUUCUUAUUGGUAUAAAGUGGGAGCUGCCAACAGCGCCAAAGGAAAGUUCGAUGGUGUUUACACUGGAAUUUGGGUUCUUUGUGUAUUAAUUUAUUGUUUUUGAGUUCGUCAAAAAUGCAUUUAAAGUGAACAAGCGUGACAGUGAUAGGUGAAGCGGCUGAAUUAGUCAAUGAAGGGUUUGAUGAUGUAUCAGGUUUAACAAACACCGGAUGACGAUCGGAAGACUUGGAAGAUUAAUCGCAGCCUCUGUGUCAGAGGCGUGAUUUGUGAUGAUUUGUGUGUAUGUGUGUGUGUGUUUGCAACUGUGUGUGUGUGUGUGUUAAACUCAAUGUGUAACAUGUUGCCUUUAACCAAGCUGUACUGAAAGGAAGAAAACGUGCCAAUGUUGCUGCAGAUAACUGGCAACCGUCCAAAACACCAGCUGCUGGAUUCAGAAGAAAAGGCUCGCUUGGUCCUCCAUGUUGCCUUAGAAAAAAAAAUGCACAAUAAGAAUGAAUGUUGGUUAUUCGUGAUAAGAGGCCAUUUCCUUGCCCUAAUUCCAGAGCAGGUGAAGGUGAUACGUUAACAGUAAAACAUUGAUUAUGCCAUUUGCAGGAAUGUUCCUGAACUGUCAGAGUUUUGGACGGCAUUUAAAUAAAAUGAAAUUUUUGGGAAAAUCUUUUUAA